AUGUCGAAAAGAACCGCGGAGACCCAGGGAAACCUGGAGUCCCUCAAGGCAGGGCAACGGCCAGAGUCGAGCGCAAACGGCGACCCCACCCUUGACUUUGAAGACGAAUUCGAGGAUGAAUACGAGUCGGAAGACGAGGUCAUGGAGGCCGGUGUGGAUGGGCGACCAGACGCAGAAAGAGAAGCAGAGCAGGCACAAGAUGCUAUGGAUGUCGACACAAAGGAGCAGACAUUCAUCCCAGGCCGAUCGGUAUUGCAGCCUGGGAUGUCGCUGACCCCAGACCCUUCCACCUACGAGAUGCUUCACCUCAUGUCCACGACGUGGCCUUGUCUAUCAUUCGAUGUGGUGCGAGAUAACCUGGGUGACAAUCGUAAGCAAUACCCAAGAACGGUCUAUGCGGUUGCUGGAACUCAAGCCGAGUCGUCACGUGCAAAGGAGAAUGAGCUGUACAUUUUGCGGUUGAGCAGUCUGUCAAAGAUGGAUCGCGGUAAUCAGACGGACUCGGAGAGCGAUAGCGAUGACGACGAGGACGACGAGGGCUCAUCCGACCCAGUGCUGGAGUCGAGGUCAAUACCACUUCCAAGCACAACCAACAGAAUAAGAGCGUUCCAGCCAGCGACAGCCACUGCUGAUAUGACUCAAAUACCUCAGACGUUGACAGCCACAUCGUUGGAAAAUGGUCAGGUUCUGAUCCACGACGUAUCCCCACAUCUCCAAUCUCUUUCAACACCCGGCUACACACUGCCUCCAAACGCCUCGAAGCCUCUCAGCACCCUCCGAAUGCACAAAACAGAAGGAUACGCACUGGACUGGGCGCCAGCUUCCUCGCAUCCCCAUGGUCGGCUGCUCUCCGGUGACAAUGCCGGACAGAUAUUCAGCACACAGCGAACCGAGGGUGGCGGCUGGGUGACGGAUACCAGAGCAUUUGUAGGCCACACCGAUGCAGUAGAAGAACUUCAAUGGUCACCCAACGAGAAAUUUGUGUUUGCGUCCGCAAGCUCCGACGGCACUGUCAAGGUGUGGGAUGCGCGAAGUAAGAGUCGCAAACCCGCUGUUGAUGUGAAGAUCAGCAACACCGAUGUCAACGUGAUGUCGUGGUCGCGCCAGACGUUCCAUUUGCUGGCCACUGGCGCCGAUGACGGCCAAUGGGCGGUAUGGGAUUUGCGGCAGUGGAAGCCUCAGUCAGGAGCCUCAACGGGCGCGCCCAUCAAACCGAGCCCUGUCGCCGACUUUCAUUUCCACAAGAAGCCUAUCACUUCGAUAGAGUGGCACCCGACGGAUGACAGCGUUGUGGCUGUUGCUUGCGCAGACAACACAGCAACUCUGUGGGAUCUCGCGGUCGAGCUUGACGACGAGGAAUACGGCCGAGAAACGGGCUUGGGCCUGGGUGAAGGCGCCGAAAAGGUCCCUCCACAAUUGCUGUUCAUCCACCAUGUUGAAGAUGGCAAGGAAUUGCACUGGCAUCCACAAAUGCCUGGUACGGUCAUGGUCACCGGCGGAAGCGGUCUGGGAGUUUUUAAAACAAUCAGCGUCUGA